AUUAAAAUUAAAACAAUUUUUUAUCUUAAUUUUGAUUGCGAUCGUAAUUGGCCUCCAGCAUUCCGGGAUUGAAAUAAGGGAAAUUACGACCGGCAAUUGAGAUAUGUAUGUGAUAAUCCUGGCCUCUCAUCACCCUCGUCUCGCCUCUCGCUCACACCCAAUUUCGGCUCUGGCCACAUCAACUGCCUCGUUUCUCCUCCCUCAAGCCGCCGCCGUUUGCUACUCUCCUUUUCCGAUUCUGCCGAGCAACAACAGCGGCAUCUCCGGCUCCGAUUCUCGACCAACAACAUCCCCCUAUUCCCUGCUUCGGCUGACAGCACCAGCCAAACACCAUUCAUUUAAGUAUUCCUUCUUAUUUCAUUUGAUUCUCUGUUCUAUCUUCUUAUUUCGUCUUUCACUAUCUCAUAUUCUUACAAAAGUAAAACUAUGAUAUAUUGGGCACUCAUACCUCAGGAUAUAGAAGAUUGAAAAGGGGUAUCUAAUGUGAGCUCGAUAUAAUUCUAUGUUGUAUUUUCUGGGAAUAUGGUGAAGAAAUUACAAGUAUUGGGCACUCUUACCUCAGGAUAUAAAUAAGUUGAGCUUCAUUAAAACAGAUUGUAAUAUUCUUUAAAAUUCAUUAAAACUGUUUUUAAAAGUGAAAUUUAUGUUUCUAUUAAUAGUUUGUUUCCAUGUAGUGUGUAUUGGUGAGUAUCGGGGGCUUGGUGGUUGGUAAAUAGAUGCUUGUUUUAGGAGUUACAUGACAUCUACUAUGAAUGAAAAACACUGUGCUUUUUCGUAGGAAUGGAGGUUGGGUGUCUGUAUUCCCAUUUCAGCACAACUCCUUUCUCGCAUUGUAAAAGGACAUGCCUCAAGUUCGACUAUCUGAAAUGUAGCACACGGCGAGGUCUUAGUUCAUUUGAUUCUUUAAAGAGCACUUCCAAUACACUCUGCCAAUUGAACUUACGAAUCUCAUUAGAGAAGUCAAGUCACAUUCGAGCUUUGAUCAUUAAGUGCGACCAUCCUCAAAAUGCAGAUUUUCCUCGUUAUUAUUCUAAAAAAGAAAAGAAACCAUUUCCUAUACCUAUUAUUGAGUUACGGCGAAAUGCCAGGGAGAGGCUGAAAAACCGUAAUAACCAACCAAGAGCACCUGUCCCACCUCCAAAAAUAGGGUUGGUGGUUAAAAGACUAAUUCCUCUUGCAUACAAAGUGUUGAAUGCGAGAACAACAUUAGUUAACAAUCUCAAGAAACUUCUGAAAGUGAUGCCUGUCAACGCCUGCAAGUGGUGUAAUGAAAUUCAUGUAGGUCCUAUUGGGCAUCCUUUCAAGUCUUGCAGAGGAUCACGAGCUUCCAUUCGUAAAGGGGCUCAUGAAUGGGGUAAAGCAGAUGUCGAGGACAUAUUGGUACCACUUGAGGCAUACCACUUGUAUGAUCGUCUUGGUAACCGUAUUACUCAUGAUGAGAGAUUUUCUGUCCCAAGAGUUCCCGCAGUAGUUGAGCUCUGCAUUCAAGCAGGAGUAGACCUGCCUGAAUAUCCUACCAAAAGAAGAAGAAAACCCAUCAUACGCAUUGGAAAAAAGGAGUUUGUUGAUGCUGAUGAGAGUGAGCUGCCCGACCCCGACCCAGAAGCUCCAAAGCCAGAAAUAUUGGCUGAAAUACCAGAUUCUGAAAUUGUACCACCAUCUAGCAAAGAAGAUAUAACAUUGCUUGCUGAGGAAACUCUACAAGCAUGGGAAGAAAUGAGAGAUGGAGCCCGGAGGUUAAUGAAGAUGUAUCCUGUAAGAGCUUGUGGUUACUGCCCCGAAGUGCACAUAGGCCCGAGUGGACACAAAGCCCAGAACUGUGGAGCUCAUAAGCACCAGCAGCGUAACGGGCAACACGGGUGGCAGGCAGCAGUUCUUAAUGACUUAAUUCCCCCUAGAUACGUGUGGCACGUACCUGAUGUUGAUCAGCCUAUGGAGAGGGAGCUCAGGAACUUCUACGGCCAGGCACCUGCAGUGGUUGAAUUAUGUGUACAGGCCGGUGCUGAUGUGCCUGAGCACUACAAACCAACCAUGAGGUUGGAUGUGGGAAUUCCUACAAAUGUUGGGGAAGCAGAAAUGGCUGUUUGAUAUCUUUCCCAUUUCAAUGCCAGGUAAGUUUGUCAUCAACUAGUUUAUACAACUGUUAGUGAAAACCAAUUAUAUAUAUAUGACAAGGUAUCAAGAAAGAACAUCAACUCUCUCUCUUUGUUAAGUUGUUUUGCUCCAAACAGUACCAGUGGUCAGAGAAUUUCAUUGCUUGAAACAUUUGAAAAAUGAUGGUUGAGAACAGGAAAAGUGAAAUAAAGUUGAUUAUAUCUGAAUUACAACCGACAAAUCCGGUCCCUUUUUCUUCAUCAGCCAUUGCCAGAAGCUGCAGAUGAGAGUUCUCUCCGCCAACCACCACCACCCUGCAGCGGCUCCUGCCCCAUUGUCCCUGCUCAGGCAAGUUGGCGUUGUGGCCUGCGCUGCAGUGGCUUUAGCUUUAGCUCUUGUUUAGGGCCUUCACUUGAUGCACAUUAGUAAAAGUUUCAUAGUUUAGAAGUUUGUAUUUCAGAUUUUAAGACGUUGUGCCCUAUUUCAAGAAUGCUUGUAUUUCGUUUAAUAUAAUCAUUUGUUAAUUUCUUCUUUCUCA